GAAAACAGUUAUGACCAGAAUCGAACCGGAGCAUCGGGAAACAACAGAACCGGAAAGUCUCGUGCCUUCUCUUGUUUCCGACCAGAAUCUCGUAACCGAAGCCAAACUGACCGAGGACUAACUUGUUGUCCUAAUCGAAGUUUAGUUGGAGAAGAACAAGAAACAUCGGGGGGGAAUAGAUCGGGAGGCAGAAGGAAGGGGGAAGAUGGGAGAUAUUUGGACAUGGCUUAUAUCCUUCUUCUUCCUCAUCGCUCUUGUCGGAAUCAUCGUCUAUCAGCUUGUUUGCUUAGCGGAUCUUGAGUUUGAUUACAUCAACCCUUACGACUCUGCAUCGAGGAUAAACUCCGUGGUUUUACCGGAGUUCAUUGUACAAGGAGUUCUAUGUGUAUUCUAUCUCAUUACAGGACACUGGUUCAUGGCAAUCUUAUGCCUCCCUUAUCUCUACUACAACUUCCAACUCUACUCGAAGCGACAACACUUGGUAGAUGUCACAGAGAUCUUCAAUUUGCUUAACUGGGAAAAGAAGAAACGGCUGUUCAAACUCGCUUACAUAAUCCUUAACCUCUUUCUCACUAUCUUCUGGAUGAUUUAUUCAGCGCUGGAUGAUCACGAGGACUGAUUGACAAGACACAGUCCAUUAAUCUUCUUUUGUGUCUUUCCAUCUGAUUAACACUGCGCUUAAAGAUACAGCGCUGUGCUUGUGGACAUGAGAAAAACGAAAGAACAAAGUGUUUGUUGUUUGUAAGAUUAGUGGCAGAAAUAUUUGUAUUUUUUUUUCCUUUUAGAAACAUUAUUUUUCAGACAAGAAGUCGGAAGUUCAAAGUCA